UAAUAGUUUGGUACAUUUACUCAUCAGUGAACUAACCUAACUCUUUAACAUAGUAUAUAACAACAAUCAAGGAAGCAAGUGUGUAGCUUUAUGAGUGGGAGAGAAGAGAUUGAAAAAUGAAAACUGUGAAUGCAGAUGCAUCAGCAGCAGUGGAGGAAGUGCGUGAGAUCGCAAAAUACUACUACGAGUCAGCAACACCGAAAGUGAAGGAGCAGGCAAAACACUUCUUCAGGUCCAUGGAUCUCGACCGGAAUGGGAGGAUCAAUCUGGAGGAGUUCUUGUCAUUCAUGAGACAAGAAGGAUACAAGCAGAUGCGCAGCAAUUCAUUCUUCAAUAUGCUCGACACCUCCGGCCGCGGCACACUGGCCUUCAUGGACGUCAUCACGCUUUAUUACAUCAUCAAAAGCGGCCGCCCUUUCUGCGACUCCUGCAGCCACUUCAUUCCCGGAACGUUCUUCUCCUGUGUCGAGUGUUUCAACCAACUCGGAGAUUCUUUCAUUGUGUGCCGCCCUUGUCAUAAGUCUAAGAGCUAUGACCACAACCACCACGCACUAUUCCUGGACAAUUUUACCCUUCUGCAGGCCACCAAACCCCAUUUACCAAAGAAUACUAGUACUAUUACUACUAAUCAGGAGGCUGCCCCUGCUGAACCAACUCAACAACCGGUAUUAUUGGGAAAAGAUAGGCCUGUCAAAUCAGAUACUCAAGGAUACUCGAUCCAAAAAUUUCAGGCUGCUACUACUGAACCAACUGGAAUCUCAGCAACUGCUAAAACUCAACAACCAUUAUUACUUGGAAAAGGUGAUUCUGCUUCGACUUCGACGUCUAAGAAUGGCGACAUGAAGAGCAAGAAAUCGCCCAGUGUAACCCCGGUCAAAAGUGUAGCUAAGACUUCGACUCCUAAUGCACGUAUCAAGAGCAGCCUUGAUCAAAAUGCAAUCGUUCCAGCAACUAAGCCGGCUGCUUCAAUUUCAUCUUCACGGUCAACUUCGAAGGAUGAUGACAUCACUAAGUACUUGACGAGUGAGAUCUAUAGAGUAGCUCGUGAGCAGACGCGGUCGCCUCUGCCUCCGCCUUCACGGUCGCAGUCGCGUAGUCGUCCUCUAAAUCAGUCAGCUAGAGUAAACGUCGCCAGAAGUGAAUCUACGACUUCAACUCCCAUUACCAUUCGUGAGAGUCGCCCAAAUCAACAUGCAAUCGCUCGAGCAAAUCAACAGGUAUCGUGUAUGAAGGUAGCAAGUGCCGUAUUCAAAGUGUUGGAUGCGAUGGUCACCGUUAGCAGCGUCAUGGGCGUCGUCUCUGCCUGUACAAUCAUGUGAUCAUAUCAAAGGCUUAAAUUAUAUGUCAUUUUACUAUUUUCACAAGUUACAAAUAAAUAACAAAGACUUGGUUAGCCACAAAAUAAUUGUAACUUUGCGAUUUCUAAAGAAUUUUAAGUAUUUAUUUAAGAGUA